UAAUACAGUUUUAGACAAAGACACAUUGACCAAUUUCCCUAACACGACAGCUUGUAUUCAGAGAACAUCAAAUGGAACGGUUUUGAGAAGCCGGCCGAGUGCGAGUGAACAUUCUGCUUUCUGUAUGUGUGCCACAUAGGUAGUAUCUUCUAUUGCUCUUUAGUCCAUGGUUUCCGUAAAGGGCCAGAGAGUAAAUAAGCUUCAUGGGUCAUAUCUGUGUUGCAGAGCGACUCAACUCUGACCUUGUAGCAUGAAAGCCAUCGUAGACAGUAUGUAACUGAAUGGGGGUGACUUUAUUUCAUAAAACUUUAUUUACAAAAAUAGGCAAUGGGCCCGAUUUGGCCCAUGUGCCCUAGUUUGCAAACCCUUGCUUUUGUCUCUUGUAAGCACUCAUUAUAUUUCUCUGUACUUUGAACUUCUUUAUUUUGCUAUAAUUUUUUUUCUGAGCUACAACUUUUUUCUUUUCUCUUUAAGAUUUUUUAAAAAGUAAUUUCUAUACCCAAUGCGGGGCUUGAACCCACAACCCUGAGAUCAUGAGUAGCAAGCUCCACUGACUGAGCCAGCCAGGCACCCCGUCUGUGCUACAAAUGUGUUUUUCAAUGUAGUUUGAGUGAAAGAUAAUUGACAUCUCCCAAAAGGUAGAAAAAUUAAUGCAGAAAAUGGCACAGAAUGAAGACUGCACCUUCUAAUGGGUGAUUCACUGGCACCAUUUCUCCUACCAAUCCUCACCCACUCUCAAGUCUUCCUUAUUCUUUGGUGAGUAAAAUAAAACUUCAUUUCUUGCAUUACAUGAACAAACUAUUUUCAACACUGCACAAGUUAUUACUUUUAUAGGCUUGUUUUCAUUGUUGAGUUAAUACAUUUUCUUUCCGCAUUUGCACAUCUUAGUUUGGGAUGGACUGCAUCGUAGUUUUCCUAUUACAAUUAACGGAAGUAUUUUUUGGUUUAAUGGCUUUUCACUUUGCAAUUGAGAGUUCAGGAAUGAUUUCAUGUGGUUAAGUGAUGGAUAGGUGUAGAUCAGGGUAAGUCCCCAUUGCCCUCACCUCUGGGGAAAUCACCAUUCCAAGGUGGGUGAAGGCUACCCCAGCCGGCAACCAGCAGCCACCACUGCAUGCUAGUCUGGACCCAGAAGGUGUGAGGAGACUUAGAGAAGAAAGGAAAGCUGGAGGAGGUGGGUCCUGGUGUCACGUUUGUGUGUAUGGCCUCUCCCACGUGCACAGGGACCUCUCUCAAGCAGGCAAACAGUGUAUGGCAGUGAUCCUCUCUCCCCACCUUCCCCUUUCCUGAGUUUGCUAUGCUGCUUGAGGCUGAUCCUUGGGUCUCAGUGUUGUCAUUUGCAAACCAGAGAUAAAAAAAAAAAUACCUUUGCCAUCAAGCACGUAAGUUUACCAUGAAGUUAAAAUGGGAUAUGAAAGUGCUACACCUAGGUGAUGUAUCGUUAUCAUUUGAGCAUUUAGAAGGAAUUGGGAGCCUGAGAGACCCCCAGACACUAACAUCUGAGUUUCCUCAAGCUGCUUUUUAAGAGUGAAUGCCUGGAGCUAACUUGCCUGAUUUUCCUUGUUCUUAUUUCUCCCUUCACUGCUAUGGGCCAUGGGCUGUAGGUGCUGGGGCUGUAGCAUUGAACUUGAUGGACAUGAUUCCUGACUUCAUGGAGCUCACAGUCUUAAGAAGUACUAUGGAGUCAAGUCCAAAAACUCUUCUGAGAAUCCCAUCCUAGGAGCCAAAGGCCUGCUAAGAUGUGUAUGGUGUAACAGCAACAAAAUAACAUCAACAGCUAAUGAGCACAUAAUAUCUACAAUAUACUGUGAUGUCAUAAUUUGGACAAACGCUUAUGCUUUUCUGGCUUUGGAGCAACAUGAAAUGAGCAGAAAGUAAGGUAGGAUGUGCUUUGGAAUAAACCUCAGAAGAAUCCCAUGCUAAGGAUCUAAGACCUGACCAAGACCAGCCGGAUAGGACCAUGAACACGUGGCCAUGUUAUACUGGGCUCAACAGCGUCUGCUAGCUCUGGUGUGACACACAAGGCCAUGGGCACAAGUUUUGCAUGACAACUGUGCUCUACUGGUUUUCAGACUGAGCCUCCAUCCCCACCCCCACUGUCCUAUGACCUAUAGUGAAACAAAAGCAGAUAAGUAGUAAUUGUGUUGAGAAUUAAUGAUAUUUGUAUCACUGGAUAAUAAAAUCGGUAGCAUUUCAAUAGCAUUGGGAUCUCAGUUGCCCUUCCCCAUGAAGAAAGCAGAUUGUCAUAAUUUAAAUUGUUAGCAUAAUUAAAGAAAUCAAAGACCCAGUCAUUAACUGAGUCUUUCCAGAGAAACAAAUUGCCUUUGAUUUUAUCCUGCAGAAUCUGCUGAAAUGGGCAUUUUAUGUAAACACAAAACUAUGAACCAAUGGCUCCCUCCAUGGGACUGGAGGACAAAAUACCUGGGGGCACUUUCCAUCAAAACACGCAGGGAAGCAAAAAUCUUUUACCAUCUCUUCUGUGGUUGCUAAUAAGCUGAAUUCGAUCACUUACCCGCGUUCUGUACAAUUCCUAGCACCACAGAGAGGAAAUGCUUUUUCCUUUUCCUUAAAAAAAAUUCCAGUCAAAACCAUCAGCCUCCGUAGGUUGUCUUAAUUGCUACUUUGCACUGCACUGGACUGUGACUCUGAUUUUUGGCACAUGCCGUCAUACACAAAGUUCCUAAAAUAAAAUGCUCCAGGAUAUCCCAGGAACUCUUAGAGGGCUUUAAAAAGGGACUUGCACACAGAAACAAUAUCUUUGAUGGAGACAAUUCAGGCGAGCAGAAUGAUUAUUGCAAAAGAAUUACGUGAUUCAUUGAGACCUUAAAGUGGGUCCGGAGAAUCCUUGCCACCUAACUUAUCAUGGUUUGGAAGAGUUUGAUGAGAAUCCAGUUUUGAUAAAGACAAUUGUUUUUUCCUCCCCAAGUGACUAUACAUUUAAAUAGCUAAAACAUCUGUUCAGCAGCAUAGUAAAACAUGUACACUCAGAACGCCUGAGAGAAGAGCCUGCCAAACAAUCGGUUGAGAGGGACUUUGCUGGGGGGAGAGCCCCAAGAUAAAGCAACCACUGUUUGUUUUGUCUGGUCAGGGGGAAAGCCAAGGCAACCAAUAUUUUGGGUUUCUUUUAUUUCAUUUGUGAAGAAAUAUUUCAGAAAGGGUGGCGAGGGAAGAUUUUCUGACGGGAUUUUUUAAAGCUGUCUUUUAGUAGAAGAGCAAGAGAACCUUGGAUGUCAACGCCUCACAGGUUCUUGAGACCAGCCACCAAACCACAAAAAGUGACUUUCUCUUCGCGUGGCCUCUACGUCCCUCCUGAUGGAAGCAGAAAUGGGGAGCAGCACGGAGCCUGGAAAAACAGCCAACAGAGGUACUCGAAUCGCCCUGGUUGUGUUCAUUGGUGGCACUCUGGUGCUGGGCACGAUCCUCUUUCUAGUGAGUCAAGGUUUCUUAAGUCUCCAAGCUAAACAGGAGUACUGCCUGAAGCCGGAAUGCAUCGAAGCUGCUGCUGCUAUCUUGAGUAAGGUAAAUCUCUCUGUGGACCCUUGUGAUAAUUUCUUCCGGUUCGCUUGUGAUGGCUGGAUACAGAAUAAUCCAAUUCCUGAAGAUAUGCCAAGCUAUGGGGUUUACCCUUGGCUGAGACAUAACGUUGACCUCAAGUUGAAGGCACUUUUGGAGAAAUCUAUCAGUAGAAGGCGGGACACCGAAGCCAUACAGAAAGCCAAAAUCCUUUAUUCAUCUUGCAUGAAUGAGAAAGCGAUCGAAAGAGCAGAUGCCAAACCAUUGCUCCACAUCCUGCGGCAUUCACCUUUCCGCUGGCCUGUGCUCGAGUCUAAUAUUGGUCCUGAGGGAGUGUGGUCAGAGAGAAAGUUCAGUCUUUUGCAUACCCUUGCAACAUUUCGUGGUCAGUACAGCAAUUCUGUGUUCAUCCGACUGUAUGUGUCCCCUGAUGACAAGGCAUCCAACGAACAUAUCUUGAAGCUGGACCAAGCAACUCUCUCCCUAGCUGUGAGGGAAGAUUACCUCGAUAAUAGCACAGAAGCCAAGUCUUAUCGGGAUGCCCUUUACAAGUUCAUGGUGGAUACUGCUGUGCUUUUGGGAGCUAAUAGCUCCCGAGCGGAGCAUGACAUGAAGUCAGUGCUUAGACUGGAAAUUAAGAUAGCCGAGAUAAUGAUUCCACAUGAAAACCGAACCAGUGAGGCCAUGUAUAACAAAAUGAACAUUUCCCAGCUGAGUGCUAUGAUUCCUCAGUUUGACUGGCUGGGCUACAUCAAGAAGGUCAUCGAUUCUAGACUCUACCCGGGUCUGAAAGACAUUGACCCUUCAGAGAACGUGGUUGUCCGUGUCCCGCAGUACUUUAAGGAUUUGUUUAGGAUAUUAGGCUCUGAGCGGAAGAAGACCAUUGCCAACUAUUUGGUGUGGAGGAUGGUUUACUCCAGAAUUCCAAACCUUAGCAGGCGCUUUCAGUAUAGAUGGCUUGAAUUCUCGCGGGUAAUUCAGGGGACCACGACUUUGUUGCCUCAGUGGGACAAAUGUGUAAACUUUAUCGAAAGUGCCCUCCCUUAUGUUGUUGGAAAAAUGUUUGUGGAUGUGCACUUCAAGGAAGAUAAGAAGGAAAUGAUGGAGGAAUUGAUUGAGGGUGUUCGCUGGGCCUUUAUUGACAUGCUGGAGAAAGAAAAUGAGUGGAUGGAUGCAGGGACAAAAAGGAAAGCCAAAGAAAAGGCAAGAGCUGUUUUGGCAAAAGUUGGCUAUCCUGAGUUUAUAAUGAAUGAUACUUAUGUUAAUGAAGACCUCAAAGCAAUCAAGUUUUCAGAAUCCGACUACUUUGGCAAUGUCCUGCAAACCCGCAAGUAUUUAGCACAGUCUGAUUUCUUCUGGCUGAGAAAAGCGGUUCCAAAAACAGAGUGGUUUACGAAUCCCACGACCGUCAAUGCCUUCUACAGUGCAUCCACCAACCAGAUUCGAUUUCCAGCAGGAGAGCUGCAGAAGCCUUUUUUUUGGGGAACGGAAUAUCCUCGAUCUCUGAGUUAUGGAGCUAUAGGAGUAAUAGUUGGACAUGAAUUUACACAUGGAUUUGAUAAUAAUGGUAGAAAAUAUGAUAAAAAUGGAAACCUGGAUCCUUGGUGGUCUACUGACUCAGAAGAAAAGUUUAAAGAAAAAACAAAGUGCAUGGUUAACCAAUAUAGCAACUAUUAUUGGCGGAAAGCUGGCUUAAAUGUGAAGGGGAAGAGGACCCUGGGAGAAAAUAUUGCUGAUAAUGGAGGUCUGCGGGAAGCUUUUAGGGCUUACCGGAAAUGGAUAAAUGACAAGAGGCAGGGACUUGAGGAGCCUCUCCUACCAGGCAUCACAUUCACCAACAACCAGCUCUUCUUCCUGAGUUAUGCUCAUGUGAGGUGCAAUUCCUAUAGACCAGAAGCUGCCCGAGAACAAGUCCAAAUUGGUGCUCACAGUCCCCCUCAGUUUAGGGUCAAUGGUGCAAUUAGCAACUUUGAAGAGUUCCAGAAAGCCUUUAACUGUCCAUCCAAUUCCACGAUGAACAGAGGCGUGGACUCCUGCCGACUCUGGUAGCCAGGCCGCUGGUGUAGGCCAUCCUGGGAGCCGUGUAGCGCCAGGAGGGGCCACACCGAACACUCAUCGCCACCGCUUUUGGCCUCUGUUCCCCUGAGGACUCCUAUUUUUAAUGCAUCUUCAUUAUUUGUGUGCUGCUUGGAUGUGAACAGUAUUCAAAUUGUAGGGCUUAAAAAAAGGGAAUAGAAGAAGUGAACCAAGUAUGUUUCUUUAGAAAACCAAACCAAAAAAUAAAAUAAAAUAAAUCCCUAGGCUACUUUUGUUAAAAUAUUAUCUGCUGAAUUGUCGCUUUUGUCCAUUUUAGUGUAAACAGCUAAGUGGUACACACUAUUUUAAUCUACAGGUUUGCAGAGAGCCUAAGUAGAAUGUAUCCAGAAAAGAAAUUCAGUCUAUGCAUUUUGUACCCCUCCAUGAUGAGGACAUGUUCCUGGAUACCUGGUCGGUCUUACUGCUCUGUAGAAUGCAGUACUAGAUUUUAUGUAUUAUCAUUCAUAGCAUUUAUUUACUCUAUGGUAGUUAGGUUAGAAAUAUGUUGGAGCUUCAUUUUACAAUUUUUGAUGAAAUUUUUGCCUUCAUCUUUGAGGUCUGUUGGGUUGCAAAUGCCUCACAGCUUCUGUCUGACGUAGCUGAUUGCCCUGUUCAACUCGGCAUGAACAGAGCUGGCCAAAAGGCUACUUGAGAAAGGGUUUCAGUUUCUCAAAUAGAAAAAAGAAAAACAGAUGUGUUUUUAAGGCCCAGAAGAAGUCAAAACUCCUACUCACUAGGAGAUGAAAUCUCCAAAAUUGGAUCUAUUCUGCCCAAACCUCAGUGAUUAUGUCUGUGUGCUGGGCACUUCUUCAGUCCAAUUCCUGUUUAUCUUGUUACCCUCAUAUAUGUGCAUUCUUCUGUUUCUGAAAUGAGCAGGCACUGAGAAAAUGAUUUUCUAAUUCUCCAGUAAGAAUGUAUGGCUUCCAUUCCCCCUUUAGGCGACCAGAUACCACUUCUCUUUUGGCUCAGUUAACAUGACCUCUCUUUGAAAAAAGCGUUUUGAAAAAUUUCUUGAUUGGAGACAUUUUAAACUCUAUUGAUUGAUUUAAAAAUUCCUCACAUGUCCAAAGGAAGAUAAUUUUUUCUGUUCAAGUCUUCUAAAGAGUCUGUAAGGAAGAGCAGUGCUGGGUUUUUGAGCCUCAGAACUUUAUCCUUUCCGGUGAACCCCUCCAUGUCUUAUUAGCGUGUGUAGGGGAAAAUCUUAAUGGCCUUACAGUGGUUACCUGGCAUUUCCAGUUUCUUAAAAUAGCCAUCCUCCCCUUACAUUAUUCAUUGUGUAUGUGGUUUGGCGUUAAGUAGGCCAAUAGGAAAAAUUUCAGAAGCAAAACGACAAACUCAGACUAACCGUAGGAGACCAUUUUGCAUCCCUGUGAUUUGUUUUCCUUCUUCUUCUUUUUUUUUUUUUAAAUGUACGUGUGUGCCAUGUCCUUUUGUAAACAUGGGAACUUCCAAAGGGACAAAAAUGCAGGGGCACCACCAUGAGGAAAACAAUUACCUGUGUUGUUAGUCAGAGGACAGUGAUAUUCCCCUUGAUUUGCUCCUCUCUAAAUGAAUAAACUUUGGAAGGGCAGCUACCUUUUCCUCCUCUUAACCAAGGCUUAAUGUGACCUUAAUGUGACUUAUUUUUAAAAAACAAGUGCUGUUAGGUUAGGGGUGCUGGAAUUGUACAGGCGUUUUCUCUGGAGGAGCCAUUCUGAUUUGCUUUAGACAUACAAGAUACUCCUUGUUUUAUCCCUCUCCUUGGACAUUUAGAAGCCACCGAGGUUUGUUAUGCUGGUAUGAAUAGCAUUUUCCUUCUAGAUUUCUCUUUUUAAACUCCCAAUAAACACAUUUCUGCAGGUCAGAGAAAGUGACUAGAAUUAUGACUUUGGAAGUGGGAAUCAUGCAGUCAGUUGUCAGUUGAGGAAGACUAGUUAGUGAUCGGUUUGGGCCCUAUAGUUUCUAAAUGAUGUGGCUACUUUGUCCUGAUUAACUUUAUGUGCUGUAACUCAGUUAUACUGAAAGUUGUAGAUACGAGGGCCAUUAUUAAAACAAGAUAAACCCAAAGCAGGAGUACCAAGUCAUCGCUACAAGCUACAACAGUUUUCUGGUAGGAUUGGAUUUCCACAUACAUGCUCAAGUUUAAAUUUUCGAUUAUACUCUUGUUACUUCUCUUCAAUACAGGUUGCUAAAGGAAGCAGACACUGAUUAAGUCCUAGAGGGAAGAAGGGAAAACCCACCUGGAAAGAAAGGUAAAAAAAAUUAAAGUAGGGAGAAGUUGGCCUCAGAAUGUGAUUAGGAAGAGAAGACAGGAUUUGGGCAAUCCUUGCUAAGCAUAUCCAUUGGAGUCGAGCCAUCAAGUUUUACAAAAAUAAUUAUGGUAAAUUAAAAGGAAAUUAGAUAUUGGAUCACAUACUAGGACUGCCAUAACAGACUUUCCUGAUUCAUAUACCAGAUGUUCUACCAGUGAACUAUUGUCUGUGUGUUGGAAGGAGUUUUGGGAAAUUCUCCCAGAUUAGUCGAGGAUUUUGUGUAAAUAAAGUGGUAUUUGAGCUUAUCACCAUUGCCUAAAGUUUGUUGAGCUUUUCACCAACCAUACAGCAUUGGCCUCCUAUUUCCAUUUUUUCCUUUUAUGAGACAGACUUGGACAUGACUAAUGCAAGCUCGGAUUCGUAAAUUAUCCUGAAGUUUAUUCAGUGCCUUUCCUCAAUGGAGCUGAAAGCAUAGCACAUAAAUUUUAUCUUAUUUAGCCCUGGAGCAUCGCUAAGAAGCAACAAGGAAUGCCGGCUUGCUGCACAGGUUAUGCUCGUGCCAGGGAAGUGGAGAGAGGUUUGAAAUUGCUUGUCAAGUAUCCCAGGAUCAGGAAAGGCAGAGUCUUUGCUCUUUGGGCAGCUGACCUCUGCAUUAACCUUCAUCCCUUAGAUGACCUCAUUUCUAAAUACAUUUAUUCUCUCAGUAUUUGUGCAGUCACUUAGCAUUUGAUGGGGCUUCUUCCUUGAUAUUUCUAACAUAAUGUUUCAAUUGCAUAUUAAGCUAAUGAAGAAUACAUGAUUGUUUCAUCAGCAACAUUUUCCUCACCCGUGGCAGUGCCCCCGCUGGUUUGAAGGAAGGUAUUCUUGGAUUAUGCAUUUUAUAUCUAAAUGGUCAUUGUAUUUUCUUCUCUGACUUGUAAAACAAUGUGAACGAUCAUUUUAAGGACAAUAAAAAGUUGAAGAUUUUC